UGCCGAACCACUGCUGCACCACUGCUGUACCACUGCUGCACCAUUGCCCAUUUCCAAUCCUAGCAUCGAGCUCCUUGCAAAGAUUGCAGAAUGGCAAAGCGCUUGAUGGGGAUCGUGGUUCUAGGCUGUCCUUCAGUAAUUAAAGGAACAGCCAGCAGAAUGUUUGAACAGAGGGUGGCUGCAAGUUUCCAGCUCUACGAAGCUAACAAGCAGCACAACCCACUGGUUCUUUGUACUGGAUAUCACAUUGCAGGAAGCUCAGAGGCUCAAGCUAGGGCCCUCAGGAAGUCUCUGAUAAAUAAGGGAGUGCCGGAGGAGAAUAUAGUUGUGGAAGAGUUAUCCAGAUCUACCUUGGAGAACGCCGUUAUGUCGAAACCUAUCCUGGAUGCAUAUGGAGUAAAAAACGUUGCUGUGGUGACUAACAAAUUCCAUGUUGAUCGUUCGAGGUAUAUAUUUGAGAGCAUGUGUGACGGAUACAACUUAACAUUCGAAGCAGCUCCGGAUGGAGUUACUAAGGAACAGCUUUACGAACUUACCAAACUGGAGAAUAGAAAGAUGGUCAACCUCAGAACCAAGAUGAUUCACAUGACGGCUGGCCCUUGAGAUAAUUUGGUAAUUCAGAAUUCAGACGAAGAAGAUUGGGAGAAUUUCUAUUUAAAGACAAGGAACGAUUUCGUUUUGACUGGAAAUUAACUUGAUUGGAAGUAAACGAAUUUUAUGAAUGAAUCAUUUCUUAAUCAUUGCGGACCCCAUCUGGCAGUAUUUCUAAAUGUCUAUCAAACGCCUAACUAAGAUAUACUCUAUAGAGUAUUUCAGAUUUAUUGUAGCUGUGAAGUGUUGGACAAUUUACCUUUUCAUACAAAUAGUUUGACACUGCCACGACAUCAGCAGCUUUUUGUUUUUAUGAUAAUUUGGAAGAGUAAAGCUUUAUUACUGCUCCUUUAUAAUUGUGAUACUGAUAAUCUUAAUUGUGUUAUUGUGGAGUAUGAUAUUCCGGAUAUAAUACUUCUCGCAUUGUAUGCAGUGCUGCUCUUAAAAUUUAUAUUUUCCAGAAGAACCAGAUUAUACUGCAUUUUAUGUAUUGCUCAAGGGGGACUUCACACAUUAACCAAUCAUCUUUAGGUUUCGAAAGCUCACGCUACUACAAUUUAUAAACAAGGGCUAUGUAUUAAAUAAUAGACUGAGGCCAAAAGGUGUCCCAAAUAUGUUCAAUGAGUUCCCCGAAGUUUAGGGACUUUUGAAAAAAUAUAAAUUUCGCUUCGAUUGAACCCUGGUCUACCGAAAUCACCUAUCUUGUCAUCUUGGCACUGUGCCAUCAAAUCUGAUAUUUUCGGAAGAUGACCGUAUUAAUGGUGUGAACUCUCCUUUAUAACGUCAAUGCAUUUCCUUGCAAGGACUUUAAAAGGUUAAAUUUGAUUUAAAUUAUUCGUUUAUAAUGAUAUUUUUACAGAAAGUUAAACAGCCCCUUGUGUUUUAAGCAAAAUAAUCACUAAGGAACCAUCCUGGUGAAAACUUGAAGGUUACUGUGUCGAACAUGUAAGGUUCAACUUUAUUCAAGAUUCAUACAAAACACAAUACAUAUUAUUUUUGACUGAAAUUUGUGAAUGUUUCAAUGUUAAGUGAUAUUUAGUUUAUAAACAUUGGUAGAUUCUUGUUCAAUAUCCGUCCAACAUUGGUGACAUUACAUGUUCCUCACUGUAAUAUUGUGUUUAUACUUUUGUAGGACCAAUCUUAUGUAAAUUCACAGGGGGCUUCGAUGAUGAGAUGUGUCUAGUUCGAUUGUGAACUUGAUAAGUAAUAAUCAGUAAUCGCCAUCCUCGGCUAUGUGAAAUGAUAUUUUUCGUUCCGAAAAUUGUUCAUUAAGAUAAAGCCUUAAACGGCGUUUAAUAAUUUUACCCCCUGGUGAAUGGGUUUUACAUUUUUAUAAUCGAAUUAAGAUUUAUUGAUCUAUAACCUAUAUUUUUGAAAGCUUGGAUUUGUUCGAAAUAUUUUGCAUGAUUAUUUAAAAGUUUAAAUGCAUCGACCAGCAAAAUUAUAAGAGGCUUGACAUGUUAAAUUAAUUAUGUUAUGGCAAAUACA